UAAGACCGGCAACUUGAAUUCAGCUGAAACCGUAGGUCUCAAAACCAAAAGCACUAUCCCUUAAGCCCUGGCGCAGCCAUUGAAGGGUUUUGAUACUUUUAGCCGGGCUCUUGCUUGAAAGCGGGAAAGUAUCUUUCACUAAUGGAGGCUAGUUUAGGGGAAAUCCCCUUUGGUCUCGAUUUUCAUCCUUCGAAAGAACUCGUCGCUGUUUCUCUCAUCACCGGCGACCUUCACCUAUACAAAUAUAAUACCGAUGAUUCCUCGCUACAAAGAUCGUUGGAUGUUCAUGCACAUACUGAGUCGUGUAGAACAGUUCGGUUUAUUAAUGGUGGACAAGCUGUGGCGACAGGUUCAAAAGAUUGCUCUAUUCUGGCCACAGAUGUUGAAACUGGAUCAGUAAUUGCUCGUCUUGAAAAUGCUCAUGAGAAUGCCAUCAAUAGUUUGAUCAACCUUACAGAGUCAACUGUCGCCUCUGGAGAUGAUGAAGGCUGUAUUAAGGUAUGGGAUACCAGGCAACGUUCCUGUUCUGGUUCUUUUAAUGCUCAUGAAGACUAUAUUUCAGAUAUGAAUUUUGUAUCUGAUUCCGUGAAAUUGCUAACAACAAGUGGAGAUGGGACUCUAUCCGUUUGCAAUCUUCGCACAUAUAAGGUCCAAACACGCUCUGAGUUUUCUGAAGAUGAGCUUACUUCUGUUACUGUAAUGAAGAAUGGUCGGAAAGUUAUUUGUGGAUCACAAAGUGGAACUUUGCUGUUAUAUUCAUGGGGGUUUUUUAAGGACUGCAGCGAUCGCUUUGUUGAUCUCUCUCCAAAUUCUGUUGAGGCUUUGCUGAAACUUGAUGAAGAUAGACUCAUUACAGGAUCUGAGAAUGGACUCAUCAGCUUAGUAGGCAUAUUGCCUAACAGAAUCAUACAACCAAUUGCAGAGCAUUCAGAUUAUCCAGUUGAGGGCCUUGCUUUUUCUCAUGAUAGAAGGUUUCUUGGUAGUAUAUCACAUGAUCAGAUGUUGAAGUUGUGGGAUCUGGAUGAUAUAUUGCAAAGUCCUGAAAAUACGGUUAAAGGUCAAGUUGCUACGUCAGACAGUGAUAGUGAUGGGAUGGACGUGGAUGAUGAUCCUUCUCAAUCUAAGAAAGGAACCAAGGUGAAAAAUGCAAAUAAAGGAGCUGCUUUUACAAGUUCGAAUAACUUUUUCGCAGAUCUUUAGGUGGAUUGUUGCCACAGGUCUCUCAAGUAUAGGUAACUUGCAAUUUUGGACAGUGUGCAUAUCUUGACUUGUGCAAUUAAUCUUGUUUUGAUGUUAAGAGACCCUUGUUCUCAUUUGGUGUUGUAUUAUAGAGGCAAAUUUAUUUAAUCUUCUUUGAGAAGAUUGGAAGAGUAAGUUUUAUUGAAUGAAACAUCAUUCUGUAUUGCUUCAGUGAAAGAAUGAAGUUAACUUGGUAAGCA